CUCUUAUUCUGAAGGAGGAGAACGGAAGUCGAUCAGGCAGCCGAGUCAAUCUGGUACCCACAACGGCACAACAUGAAUAAUGUAAACCCUGAGCAGCAAGGGAAUGGGGAAGGUUGGCAAUAGUAUUAACAAGGUACGAACCAAACGUACCAAAUAUAUGCGCUAUCAAUAAUAUGUUAUGUUAUAUUACUUGAACGGGGUACUACGCUUUAUCAUAAUUAUUGCUUUUCUCACUAUUUUCUUAUGUAUAAGUGGAUUUGUGAAAAUAGCCUGAGAAUAAAUAGUUUACUCUGGUAGCCUAGCAACCACACGUGCCCUCCUUCACACGCAUCCUACAGGGUAAGCACGUGGGCUCUGAAUCCAGGGGCAAGCUCGGCUCACAGAGCUUCCUGUCUGGAGGGACACUAAACCCCCUAAACCAGAUCCAAUAGGCCCUUCCUCAGUCAACACACAGAAGUGCUUAAUACUGCUGUUUCUGUGUCGGGAGGACACACCCAUCCAGACAAUACUGGCUAAUACUGCUUCAUCUGUAGGAAAACACCCAUCCACACUGUAUUGGUUAAUACUGCUGUUAGUAUUCGAUGGACAAGCCCCUCCACACUACUAGUUAGUACUGCUGUAACUGUGUUAGGAGGACUAACCCAUCCACACAGUACUAGUUAAUACUGCUGUAACUGUGUUAGGAGGACUAACCCAUCCACACAGUACUAGUUAAUACUGCUGUAACUGUGUUAGGAGGACUAACCCAUCCACACAGUACUAGUUAGUACUGCUGUAACUGUUAGGAGGACUAACCCAUCCACACAGUACUAGUUAAUACUGCUGUAACUGUGUUAGGAGGACUAACCCAUCCACACAGUACUAGUUAAUACUGCUGUAACUGUGUUAGGAGGACUAACCCAUCCACACAGUACUAGUUAGUACUGCUGUAACUGUUUGGAGGACUAACCCAUCCACACAGUACUGCUCAAUACUUCUGUAACUGUGUUAGGAGGACUAACCCAUCACACAGUACUGGUUAAUACUGCUGUAACUGUGUAAUGCACUCAUCCACAGAGUACUGGUUGAUAACGCUAUAACUGUGUCAAACACCCACACCGUGACAGCAGUAUUAACCAGUGUUGUCAUUUGGUGUGAUGCAAAAUCGUUAGAUUUUUUUUCUGCUUCUUCGACUUGGAUUUGAUUUGUCUAGAUCAAAGUGAAAAGAUCUUACCUCCGCGCUACAUCAGAAAACCUAAUUAGGCAGCAGGCUUUGGUAAUACAAGGCACAUCGUUUUGCUACUGCUCGAAUCCAGUUUAAAUUCCAAAUCACAUCAGCUGCUCUCUGAUGCUCCCUUCCAUGGGAAAGUGUAAAGCAAGACACAGUGUGCUUUGGGAGAAUUAGAGAGGCUCUAUUGGUUUAUUUACAUUAUGAACAGCCCUGCUGCAUGGCUGGCGGGGGGAAACUAGAGACCGCCAUAGGGCUAGGACAUUGAGACGGACAGACGGGGAGACGGACAGACGGGUAGACGCUUGCCGACAGACAUACAAAUGCAGACAUGGAUACAGAUCAACAGACAGACGGCCUGACAGAUUGCCUCACUUGCAGACAGACGCAAGUACCAAAGCAGAGAUUGAUGUAGACCGACAGACGGGCAGACAGGGGGGAGACAGAGGGUCUCUCCAAGAGGGUGGACUGCUAGCGAUUGGACUGCUAGCGGGGGAAGAACUGAAAAGGGCUGAUUAUGCAGAACCCAGCGCAGAACAAAAACCAGGUUCACGAGUGCGUCGAAGCGUCAGUGUGGUCCUUGCGAUUGCGUCGACGUGGAACCAUAAUCAGCCCUGUAGUGGGGGGACGGCUAUCGGUUGAACAGGUAGCCUGAGGUGGACUGGUAGUGGGUGGACUGACGGCAGUUGGACAGGUAUAGGACGGAGUGCUAGACAUUCACCUGCUCGAGUUGUGGACUGCUAGAGGUUGGACCGCUAGACGGUGGGAUUUCCAAACGAGGACAAGGGCGCCCAGCACAGUUCCCAAAAUAAAUAGAAUGUCGGGCAAAACCCUGAAUCGAUGCUCCAAAUGUUUUGCAGACGUUCAGAAGAAAGAGACAGAUGAAGAAUGUCCCCCAAAGUCUGCCCCCGGCACCAGCAACAACCAAUCAGAUGUUUUCUGUAACGAGUCAAACAGCAACCUCGGCCAAUCCCUCACGUCGACAGCUACCCCUUCAGAGGAAGCUCCGCUCAGCGAGGCGGGAACCACGUCACAUGCAGGCGAGGCGUUCUCCAGCACAGAGACAGCCCUGGGCACACUCUCACCCCCCACAAAACGCCCUUCUGACUCAGCAUCACAGUCGGAGGGGGAAUACUCCCCAGAGAAGCGAGUGAGGUUGAGGGAGCUGCCAGCGGAGCCUUCCUCCUCGUCUUCAUCGUCUUCGGCGUCUUCCAGCAGCAGUAAGCAGCCGCGCCGCCGGCGCUGCCAUCGCUGCCACGCCAAGCUGGAGCUGGUCCAACUGGAGCUGGGCUCCUGCCGCUGUGGUCACGUGUUCUGCAUGCUGCACCGGCUCCCCGAACAGCACCACUGCCUCUUCGACCAUCUGGGCCGCGGCCGGCAGGACGCCGUCCUCAAGAUGGUCAAGCUGGACCGCAAGGUGGGCCGCUCCUGCCAGCGCAUCGGAGAGGAGUGUUCGUGAGCACGCACACUCCUUCCCCCCAGGCGCACACCCAAACCCCCCCCCCCAUCUGGUCGGUCGCUUCGAGGAUGGACUCCCCCCUUUAUGGUUUUUUAGUUUUUGGGGCUUUUUGGCAGAUUUCUUGCUGGAUCUACGAAAAACACCUCCCCCCUUUUACCCCAUCUCCCUGUCCUUUUCUUAUUUUGUAUCACUGCUGCUAAAUAGCCUUUUGGGAAUUGAAUCUUUUCAGCGAGAGGACAAUAACCAGAAGAAGAGAUCUAUAUAUAUAUAUAUUGAGAACACUUUUUACCUUUUUUUUCUCUCAGUUCUACCGUCUAGACAAAUCAAGAACAGGUAAGAGUUUAAGAUAAGAAAAUGCAAAAAAAACUAGAAACAGUUUUUCAGCCAUGCUUCUGGGACUGCUUCUUACCUCCACCUCCAACAAUCGUGAAAUGAGAAGAGAAAUGGGGGGGAAAGUCAAGACUUUGGGUGGCUCGUCUUUACCUCAGAAUCAGAUGGAGCUGUUGAGCCCCCAGCUCUGGACCCCGCAGGGGAGACCGCAGCUAGUAAUUCAGCCUCGCCUGAUGUCAGUGUCUUACCCACACACACACACACACUUUGCCCACAAACAUCACCUCAGGUUAUUGUAAUACCAGUCCGAAGUCCAAACAGUAAAAGUCUUUACCUUCCCUACGACCCCCUCCAGCUCGUUUUCUUCCACAAGACAGAAGAACUGUUAAGGGACGCUCUGUCUUAUGUGAGGUUACCGCUCAGCGGGAUGCGAUGAGAACUAAUGGGGAGUGUGUUGAACUCAGAGAGCGUCUGAAGACCUGUGAACCGCUCUUCCGAUUGAAAUGUCUAUCUUUGGAAAGUCUGCCGUGUGAUUGGUCUGUCCAUCUUUUCAGGGUUCUAAGAUUGAUUUUUGCAGUUUUUCUUUAUUAAUCCACUUUGUUUUUUCCCCCUGCAAUUCCCUACUCCAAGUUGAAUCAACAAUGGCAAUGAAAGACAAAAAUGUAACCGAUACACCAAGCUUGUGCUUACAAUUUAUGAUUAAACCCAAACAACAAACAAAUGUUAUAUAGUAUGGUUCAUGAUAUUUUUCCGUGUCAAGAUAUUGGUGUAUUUCUCCUACUAUUCAUUAUAUAAGCCAAGAACUUUAUUUUCCAUCAGCCCCCACUGGAGAAGGGACGAAGUGCUAUCCUGAAAGGCCCAUGGAAGUCAUGGGCCUUGUCCAAGAUGGGACAUAGUCCUUUCCUUUUGGAGAGUCUGAUCAACUCUAAACCUCUCCCACUACUUUGCUUGCAUGCUGGCUCUCCUCCCGCCUCUGUCCGGUUGGCUUAAACUCCUCUAUUUCACUUCUUCAAUCCCUCGCUCCUGUGUUCUUUCUUUUCACCCACAUAAUGUCAUCUUGGAGAUGACAGGAAGAGGAAGUAGUUGGGUGGGGCUUGGACAGAAAGUGUCAGAUGUUAAAUAUUCUGUAUUAGUUUGUCUUUUAUUUCUUCUUAGCUGUAAAAAAAGGGAAACUGAGAAUAGGCAGUGGAUAUCCUGUAUCCUGAAGAUAUACUUAUUUAAUGUUUUAUUUUGUGUUGAAUGAUUAAUCAAUCUUUAUCCCGAUAGAUAUGCUUUGUGUUUCAGUAAUGAUCACUCAAAGGAAGCAGAACAUUUUCAACUUUAAUUUGGCUGUGAAAGAAUAAACUGCAUUAGACAAAUGUU